GUGAUCAGCCAUGGCCUCCUGUUACCGCUACAAGCUGCUUUUUUAAGUUUUAAUGGCUCCCAUUUUCUUCUGCCGAAGCUUCUUUAAUGCUGGAGCUUCGUCCGAGUGAGACCGAGUUUAAAACAACGAUGCUAAGAUGUGCAAACAUCUGCACCGUCUGUCCGCAAGUUAACGAGUCCCUGCUCUGAUUUGAGGGUUGGUUCUUACACGCUGGGCUCCGUGUUUCCUCAUUAGGAGCUUUCAUAGACUAAUAGAUUCGUUGAGGCUGGAAAAUGAAUCAGCGUGAGUGGAAUGAUGCUGUGGAAAGGCUGCAGAGACUCCUGGAGCCAAACUUCCACAGCAUGGAGAAUGUGUCCAGAAGUAACUGGGACACCUACUGUGAAUACCCGAGAUAUACUGUUCCUGAACCACACAGGAGCGACGUGGGGUGGAAGGAGCUCAGUCCUUCAUCCCACCACGUUUACAGUAAGGCCCCAGAGAUGGAGGAUCCGGAUGGAGAGCCGCUGCAAGGGAGUGGCGAGGAUGCAGAGCUGGCAAGAAAAAAGAAACAGCUGAGAGAGAUAGAGGAGAAGAUUAUGCACAAGAAAGCUUCCAUCGCCAUGAAAGCGGUGUUUGUGGAGAGCUCGACACCGCCAGGUGUUUCAGGUGACGAGCAGCUGGCAACAUGUGAAGGUGAAACUCUAAGGGACAGAGUGAAGGAGAUUCUGAGGCACCGACAGCAUCUCAGCUAUCUUUCAAAGUUCCAGUCAACCAGAGAGAGAAAGAACUCAUCCAGCCUGAGCAAAGAUGGUGUGCUGCAGGAAGAGCAUCCUCUGAAGCUCAGAGUGAAGGCUCUAAUGAGGAGGAGACGCAGUGUUUUACCGUCUAACAGCAGCGAGGUCCCUGAUGUCCCACGGUCUCCUCCCGGCCGAAGCGUUACAUCACCAGCCAAGAGAGAGGACAUCAUCAACAAGGGUUUCGAGUGCUUCCUCAGCGUGCUCAACAAAGGAGCAGACAUCAGCUUGUUCAAACCCGAGGAUAAUUGUGGCGAGGCCCCCGAUGUCUCACUGCCAUUUCCUGGCCGAAGCAUUUCUUCACCAGCAAAGGAGGAGAAUAAUAUCAACAAGGGUUUUGAGCGCUUCCUCAACAUCCUCAACAAAGGAGUGGACAUCGAACAGCUCAGCAGAAUUAUGAGCAAUGACAGAGAGGAUCUUCCUUUAGGUGAGGAGCCCCUGAGCAUUCAGCUCCCUGACAUGGAGAGCAAGUCAGAUCCAUUCUUUAGGAGUGAGAGGCAGCAGACGAGCAGUGGAGGUUCCCUGCUGGGCAUCAGCCAGGCCAGUGAGAAGCAACGGUUGAACAGAGGAGCCUUGCUGGAGAGUCUCAGUCAGACCAGCAAGAGUCUACACACCAUGGACAAUGACGCUGAGCCGGACCUCAGUCGGACAAAGGAAAGCCAACGAUUGAGUAGUGGUGCCUCACUGCCAGGCCACAGCCCACCCAGUGAGAACCAGCGCUCAAAUGCUAGACCCGCUCAGCGAAGCCUCAGCCAGGCGAAAGAGAGCCAGCGGUCAAAGAGUGGAUCCUCGCUAAAGGGCCUCAGUCAAGCAAGUAAAACACAGCAGUCAAAGAGUGGCCAGGCCAAGAAGACAAAGGACUCCCCAAGGAGACCCCACACAGACAAAGUGUUACAAAGUGGCGCAUCGUUGGUGGGCCAAAGCCGGACCAACAUUACAAAGAUUAACUCACCUAGUCGAGAGCAACCCCGCUCUGAGAGGCGUUCCUUACCUGCUGCUGAGGAGAAGAAGAAAGACAGAGGAGACCACAGUUUGGGCUCUAGUAGUCGAUCAAACUCCCCUGUGACAGUGAAGAAGAAAAAGGAAGAGGAAAGAGAAGAAAGUCCGUCAGUGAGUGAGCAACAUGAACAGCUGCAGAACAUCCUUAAAACUCUGGGGUGGAACCUGGAUGUGGAAGAGCUGAGCAAACUAGCGAAGCGCACUCACGAGAGGCUGUACGGGAAAAAAAAUGAAGGUGCCGACAGUAGAGAGGCGCAUGGGAGUCAGCCAAAGCGCUCUCACGACAGCGAUCGCAGGACGUCCUCCUCCUCUCGCUCCCCUCUGCGGAGCAACAAAGCAGAUCGCAGUCAGCAGAGAACGUGUGGGAGGAAGAGUGAAGGGAGCAGGAGGACCGAGAGCAGAGAGGAGGAAGAGACACGGCAGAGGCGCUCCCCCAGAGAUCACAGAAAGUCCCCCUCCUCCUCGUCUUCCUCGAGAGCAGCCUCCAGCCCGAGCCCCUCACGCCAGCAGCGCUCUCGCAGCAGAGGUUUGAAACAGAGGCGAAAAGUCGAACGCAGCCGGUCUGGAGAAAGAAGGAAAGACAGACAGAGCAGCAGAGAAGCACAGAGGGACCAAAAAGACUUGAAGCAUUUUUCUCCUUUUCCAUAUCCACAAAAUCAAAUGUUUCCUCAUCCUGCUGCUUCGGCUUUUCCAGAUUACCUUUCGUCUCAGUGCUCCCAUUUUGCUCUUAGCCAUAGUGGCCACUACAGUGGUGCUACGAAUCCUUACUGCACAUAUAAUCAGUAUAACAUUCCUCCCACUCUUUCUGCCAGCAGCCAUCCUUACACACACUUUUCUGGCUCUGUAGUGGCACCUAACAUGAGUUACCCUGAUCCCAGUUUUCUUACUGUGAGUGAAAGGAAGGUUAGGCGGUCUUCUGCUCCUCGCUGCCUGACGGUCAUCAAUACCGAGCAGGCAUCCUCUCAGGACCUCACAGGUGACCACGAAGAACUUAUGGGAGAUUUCAGGAACCCUGAAGAUAUUUUCGAGAAACACGAUAAUACGCCAGUGGAGCCAGAGGAGUCAAAGGUAUACAUAAAAAGUGUGGAUGAUGCCAACGCUGAGCCGUUAGAAGAGGAGAAACCGCAGCCAACAGAGGAGGAAAUAAAGGCGAACCUGAGGAAAAAGCUUCAAGCGUUUAACCAGAAGGCGAAGAACACGAGUCAGCUGCCUCACCGCAAAGUCAUGCAGCCGGUGAACUCCCUGAUCUCUGAGAUGGAGUGAAAAAUCUGCAGCCUGUGGAGACGAUUGUUAUUCGAGCCUGUUCUGAGGCUCGUCUUCACCUGCAGCUCAGUGUUACAGGACCAUGCUGAGCUUUAGCUCCGCCUCCACAUUUGUCCUGGGUCGUCCUGUAUUGACUGUCAUCUGUAAUAGAAUAGAUUUUGCACAGUUUGUUACCGACUUGUUUUCAGUCAUAUUUUAACUCUACAUUUCAAUGAAUGUCACAGUUUUGCUUUUCAUCUUGUAUAAAUUUGAUUAUGAAAAAUAUAUUUUUUAGGUUUUAUUGUAGUUAAUCAAUGAGAUGUAUAUUUUUAUUGUUAGAAAGGUUUCAGCCUGUAAAAACAUUCACGCUGCCGCAGUGAGUAAAGAAAUCUCGUCUUGACUACCUCAGCGCUUGGUGACGCCUCUGUGGAGCUUUACUCUGUGGCUGAGCUGCUGUGGGUCCUCAAUGCUUCCACUAUAAUAAUAAUAAUAAUAAUAGUAAUAGCAGCUGAUUGUGGGAUCUGUGGGAGGGAUCCUCUGGCUUUUCGUUUAGUGCCACCUGCAUCCUUAAAAUGCUAAAUAUAAACCUGUACUGAAUGUAAUUAAGCCCAAAUAUUGAGCUGAAACUCUGCAUGAAGCUCACAGAGCUCAGGGCAGCUGUAGACAUUUCUGUUUGUCUCUCCUCAUAAUCAUAACCCCGAAUGAUUUUACAUUAACAAGUUUUGUGACACAAACACAAAUUGCCAUCCAUCCAUCCACCCAUCCACUUCUGCUUAUCCGGGGCUUGGCCACGGGCCCCGUGGUAGACCCAGGACACACUGGAGAGAUUAUAUCUCUCGGCUGGCCUGGGAACACCUUGGGGUCCCUUUGGAUGAGCUGGAGCAAACACAAAUUGUAUUUUUUUUUAAUUAAUACAAUUCCAAAUAGCCUGACACUGAUCCUGAAACUGAAAAUGGUCGGUUUAUAGUAGAUAAAAAGUCACAACCUUUCCUCUGGUUUCAUCUCGUUCCUCUUUUCUGAAAACUAACAGCUGUUCAACACUUUUUCAGCAUUAAGCAGAUCUUUCAAAGUAUUUCCUCUGAUCAUUUUUUUUAAUUCCACAAAAAUAAAAAUAAACUGUAAAUUCUGGACCUUACUGUUUAAUUUUCCAGCAAAAUAUCACAAUGCUAUGUGCGUGCGUGUAGCUCUAACUUCAGAUAAUGGGAAAAAUCUGAUCGAGUUUCAGUUUCACCUUCAGAUGUUUUGCAGUGAAAUUCUGACAUGUGGACGUGAGUUUGUCAGCAGCAGGAAUCUGUUUUCACACAUGAAGACCUUUUGGGGAGAAUCAGGUAUUUUCCAUAGUUUUCCUUUCAAAAAUGAAGUGAUCCGCUGGAGCGGUGUUCAUGUUACUGGAAGGUUUGGCUGUGGCUGACGGGCUGGGAUGAAAUGAUUUCUGGGGAGCUCUCAUCAGUGAUGGAGUCAUUAGUAAAGUAAUUAAUCACUUUACUCAUUUGCUCCACAAGUGGCUCCAUACUGUAGUGCAUGGAUUUCCUUAAUAAUCUGAUUAAAAAAAACAAACACAGGCUGUUGGCUAUAAGUUGC